UCUUUUGUAGAUAAAUUAAAGAAAAAUAUUAUGGGAACGAAAGUCAGUAGACACAGCCCUGUUCCAUGACAGAAAUAGCAGACGACAGUGCGCUGUGACUGUGUCUUCCAUCCGCUUUUGCGAUCCCUGGACGUAGUUAGUGGAAGAUUUACAGUUGUUUUAUCUUUUAUCGAAAUUGCGAGAGUUAUACGAACGAAAAAUUUACGAAUAUGGCUGAAAUAACAGAUUUCGGUCCGAGAAAGACGAUUUUUAUCUUAGCCAUUGUAGCCGGGUGUUUUGCGGUAUUAUGGCCGAAAAUUUUCUAUCCAAUGCUCACAGCAUCUGUCAAUCCACAUCAUAUGACCGACAAUUCUGCAUGCUGCGAUGUAAUCUUUGAAAGUGAUGUUACUGCAGCUGAUAUUAUGUAUGAAAUAUGUCAGAAUAUAUUGAAGCACCAUCAAAUUGAUCCAAGAAUAAGAGAUGCUUUGAGAACUGUAAAAUUAACACCACAAAGUGCAAGUUUAUGUAGAGAAGAAAUUUUAGCUAGAUGUGGUAUAGAUUUAUCUACAUUUCUUGCUAAAAGAGAACAUCUGGAAAAAUCUUAUAAACAAGUUUUAGAAGAAAUAAGAUCAUUUAAUAGUUCUCUUUGUCUUAAAAUAAAUUUUGGUAUACCUCUUUCUCAACUAGGAACUCCACAUUUAAUCAGAUAUCAUAUAUUAAUGCCACACAAUACAAUAAAACAAGAACGACGUACACCUCCACAUGCAGGUGGUUUACAUCCUGCAUUAAGAGAACGUGGUAGAGCUAUACCUUCUUCUCAUAUUGUACCAAAGGUUUCAGAUAGACCUGAUCACAUUGUGCCAAAAAUGAGACCACCUUUAGGUGGUGCAGGACAUGUUGUUCCUGCACCAAAAGGAAGUGGUACUAUGGGAAUUAUUAUGCCAUUGUAUACUUUAGGAAUUGUACUUUUCUUCUUAUAUACAAUUGUUAAGGUGCUGAGAAAAAAUUCGGAUAGUGAAAUUAUUUCAGAAUAUCCAGGUGCUGCAGCAGAAAAAGAAUUUCGAAAAAUGGUAUUCAGCCCUGAAGCUUUUGCUACUGCAAUGACUGGUGGUACAAUGAAUUAUCAGAAGGAAAGAUCUCCAUCACCACAAAGACCUACUCCUACUUUAGAGGAAUUAAAAGACCAAGCGGCAGGAGACAUAGAGAUAGAUCAGCUGAGACGUCGUUUGGUCGAGACAGAAGCAGCCAUGGAAAGAAUUGUUGUUCAGAUGGGCAACAUAUCACGUUCAGUUAUGCAUAGUCCAAACCCACAACAAGAAUUCAAGGACAAUACCACUGCUCAGGCUGAAUAUAGUACAGCAGAUAAAGUAGAAAACAUAGAACAUUCACCAACUAUUAAAGUUAUGGGUAUGGAAAUGACAGCUAGUUGUGAGAAUAAGGGUAGUAGACCUACUACUCCUAUAAUUCCAAUUUCACCAAGUCAUAUUGAGAGGGAAAAGACACCACCAAAACCAAUAUAUUUAGAAGGUGCACUUCCUCCACAAUGUGAAUUGCUUGUAACAGAUUCAGAAACUCAAGCUCAGAAAACAGAAGAGGAUAUAGAGGCACCUGUUGUACUUUCAGGCAAAAUGACUCUUUCUCUCAUCAGUCUCGACCAAAAUACAGCUGAAAUUGAUGAAGAAGAUCAAGAAAAAAAUGCAAAAAGUAUAAGAAUCUUUGAUUCAAAAGACACAGCAAAAGUAUUAAGUAUUAAAAAAAAUAAUGAAGAGGAAAUUGAGAAUAAAGAUGAAAUAAAAGAAAUUUACCAAGAAAAACAAAUAGAAAUGGAAGAAGAGAAACAAAAAAAAUAUUUAAUACAAAACAGGACGGAUAUAAAGCCAACUGGAUACAUUGAAGAAAAAGAAAAGGAAGAAAUACAAGGAAUUGAAGAAACAAAAGAGAUUGAAGAGAUAGAAGAGAUUGAAGAAGAUGAGGAAGAAGUAGAACAAUCUGAAGAUGAGAAAAAAGAAGAAAACGAUGAAACAGAAAUAGAUAGAGAUGAUGAAGAAAAUGAUAAAGAAAAUAUUAAAAUUGAACAAUAUAAUGAAGGAAGUGAAGAAGAAAUAGAUGAAGAAGAGGAAGAGGAAGAUGAGGAAGAAAAAAAGGAAAAGAAAGAAAAAAUAGAGGAAAAGGGGGAAGGAGGACUAGAGGAAAAUGGAAAAGAAAAAGAGAAUAAUAAUAAAAACAUAUAAAAAAAAAAUAUUAUAUUUCGUGUUAAAUCAUUGAAAAAUAACAAAUAUACAGAAGAUAAUAAAACUUAAUAAAAAAACAACGAAAUUAUAAAGAUUUGACGAGGAAAGUAAAAUUAAAUAGAUUAAAGAUAAGGAUUAAAGAUGAGGAUAAUGGGUUGCCUUACAAUGAAAAGACAGUUCAGAAUAAAAAAUAAAAAUUAUAAUGACAAACAUUUGACUAAAUCAGUGUUUACCAAUCUUUAAAAUUUAUGGAUUACAGUAACAACAAAAUAAUUGAUAAAAAUAAUCAUGAAUGAUACAGAUCUUGGUUAAAGCACUGCCAAAGACCUAAUAUGAUAUAAGACUCGAAUUUAUUCUAUGAUUAUAUUAUCGCCUAUUGUAUCUUAUAUUUCAUAGAAUCAAAAAUUUACUAAUCAGAGGGGCCAAAUAAGAGGCAGUGUAUCGUUGCACAUGUCUGAUUGAGUCAUUGUAUAAUGAUGAUCACAGAAUUCAAGUACAGUCAAUAGGCACUAAAUAAUUACUGAUAUAACUCUGAUAUUAAUUCUAUAUUAUUGGGUAUGAUGAUUGGCAAGCACUGAUCUAUAAUGCUUGUACACAUACCAAUUAUUUGAGUUUAGUUCCAUUUUGAAUUUUUUUAUUUAUACAAAUUUUUUGUUCAUUUUUUAUUUAAUUUUAUAUGCAAUUUUCUGUGCAGUAUUUGAGUUAUAUGAAUUAUAUUUAGACUAGAAUUUUUUAAUAAUGUAGUUUAUAAAACUAUUUAGUAUGUAGCAAUGUCAUUUUCAUACCUAUGUUUAAUUGUGCAGUUUCCAUAUUAAAUAUAAAUAUCCAUCAUUUUACUUGCUACACUUUAAAAUGUUUGUUAUGUAUAUAAAAAGGAAAAAAAAACAAAAUACAAGUUGAAAUCAUACUCA